AUGGUUCCGGAAUCUGUCAAUAACCUUUACAAAGAUCUUGAGUCUGUGAUUCUUCAGUUCAAAUCUCCAGCAUUUGGAAACUAUUUCCUCAAGAAAGCUAAGGAAGAGUUUGAUAACAUCAGCAUCCAAACCUCAAAGCAGAAAGAUGAAGGGGCGAUUGAGAGAUAUUUGAAAGAUCAAGGAGAACUCCUGGAUGUUCUUCGAAGACAAACAACCAUUUACAACAUGUUCUAUGACGAGUCAAGUGGAAUAUGA